AUGGCUAAGAUGAUAGUUAACCGGCUUAAGUCCAUCUUACCGUCUAUUGUCCCCGAAAACCAAAGCGCUUUUAUUUCUGGGCGCAGCAUUCAGGACAAUAUAAUCUUAGCUUUUGAGGCUAUGCAUGGAUUUAAUAUGUUUCAUCGAAAGAAAGUGUUAUCUGGGGCCCUUAAAAUGGAUAUCAGCAAAGCCUAUGAUAGACUAGAGUGGGAUUUCAUUCGUGACAUGCUCAUCCGCAUGGGGUUUGAGCAACGAUGGGUUACUUUGGUGUUUUCUUGUAUCUCUACUGUUCGUUAUUGGAUUCUGCAUGAUGGCAGGGAAAUCGGCCCUAUCUUACCAACGAGGGGAUUGAGGCAAGGAGAUCCCUUGUUGCUUUAUUUAUUCAUUCUUUGUGCUGAGGGGAUAUCCCGCCUUUUACAAGACAGUAUAAACCGUGGCAGUCUUCAUGGGUUCAGGAUAUCACGGGGUGGCCCGCAGAUCUCCCACCUUUUUUUCGCGGAUGACAGCUUGAUUUUCUUCAUAGCAAAUGUUCAAGAGGCGUUGGAGCUCAAGCGUAUUCUUCGCAUCUAUGAGAAAUCAUCUGGACAAUUGAUUGAGGAGAAGCCGAAUUUGGGUAAUUAUUUGGGACUCCCUUCUCAUGUUGGUAGUAACAAGAGGGAAGUGUUCAGUUUUGUUAAGGAUCGUUUGUGGAAGCGGCUGAAUUCAUGGAAGCAUCGUGCGCUGUCCCAAGCAGGUAAGGAGCGUAUGAUGACUCGAUAUUGGUGGAGUAAGGGUGCUGAUCAAAAUCGCGGUAUUCACUGGCUGGGUUGGCAUAGAAUGGCGAAGCACAGACUGGACGGCGGGUUAGGUUUUAAAUCGCUCCAUGAUUUUAACUUAGCCAUGCUUGCAUCUUUGGGCCACAAUCCUAACUUUUUGUGGCGUAGUAUAUGGGCGACUCAGAGUCUGGUUAAAGCUGGUACUUAUUGGAGAAUUGGGAAUGGCAGAGACAUGAGUUGUAUUUUGAACAUCCCUCUAAGUCUUUCUUCGCACCCAAAUGCGUGGUGCUGGAAGUUUGCGUCCAAGGGUCACUAUUCUGUUAAGAGUGCUUACAGAUUUCUGUUGCUGGGUUUCGACAUAGGGAAGUCCAGGAGAGUUCCGGUUGAUUCGAUGUGUCCGUUGUGUCAUGAGGCUCCUGAGACUAUCCUACAUAUUCUUGUUCAGUGUCCUUUUGCCCGCAGUUGCUGGUUGAGUUCACCUUUGGGUUGGCCUGCAUUCUCCACUGCCUCUCUUAGGGAGUGGUUCUCUUUAGCCUUCCUUACUGCUUCUGCGGAGAAUGCUUCCCUUAUUCUAAUGAUAUGUUGGGCUUUGUGGCAUAAUAGAAAUAAUGUUGUUUGGAAAGCUCAGGGUCGAACUGCGAGUGGUGUGUUCUUCAUGGCACUGAAUUUUUUGCAGCAAUGGAGAGGGGCCUGUUCUGAUUCUACCAGCUGCACCAAUGUUGUGUCGGUUUUGACUGUUUGGUCUCCUCCACCGCAGGGUUGGAUUAAGGUUAAUAUUGACGCCUCUUUAAACUCGCAACGAAGUUCGCUAGGCUUCGGCUGUGUAGUCCGAGAUGCUAAUGGUAGAUUUAUAGCGGCUAAAGCAGGUUGUUUUUGCAGUCAGAUGGAGGUUAAGUGUGCUGAGGCAGUGGCUUUUCGAGAGGCAUUGAGCUGGAUUAAAGAGUGCGGAUGGGAUCGAGUUCUUUUCGAAUCGGAUGCUCAGGUUCUUAUUGUGUCCAUUAACAAUACUUCAUUAGAUGAUUUAUCACCUUUUGAUCUUUUGGUUCAAGAUUGUAAAUUGCUUCUAUCCAGUUAUGAGGAAGCAAGAUGUGCUUUUAUUCACAGGAGCUAUAGAGGUAAAACAUAUUCUUUGUCGCAUAAGGAGCUCGAAGACGAGUCAUGA